ACCAUCAGGAGUGAAAAGCAGAGUUUUAGAAACAUGGGUGACCACUGACCAGUGAGGUAAUGCUUAAGAAAUUCACUCCCAGUUCCUAGUUCCUCAUUGACGUUUUAGUGACGCAAUGGAAGCCCAAGAGGAGGGUGUUGACGUUCAGGAAAAGCUUUCUGGCUUUAUUUUCAUGUGUAAUGGAAUUACAAAACCAGAGUGCUACCGAUACCGAGUUUUUGGACUUCCUGCUAGGAGAAAGGCUGAUGUAGAGAAGAUCAAUCCUGGUACAUAUCUUUUUCUGUUUGACACUGAUGUGAAGCUUCUCUACGGUAUUUAUAUGGCAACCUCAACUGGGAAACUAGAAAUAGAGCCAUUAGCUUUUGGGCACAAAUUCCCUGCUCAGGUGAAAUUCAAAAUUUACAAAGACUGUUUACCCUUGCCAGAGAGUAGCUUUAAAUUUGUCAUUCGAGAUAAUUACCAGAAAGGCUCCAACAAAUUUAAUCCUGAGCUCAAUAUUAGACAAGUAAGAAGUCUAAUAGAAUUGUUUCGCCCAUUACAUGAAUUGCCAACUUCACCUAUACUUCCUUUUCUGAAGAAACCAAUGAAUAAUGUUUAUCAUCAUAUAUCAAGGCCACCACCACUUUCUAGAAUGUCACCCAAUCAAGCUCCAUUGCUGUUGAACUAUCAUGUUCAUAAUACUAUGCCUCAUUUAGCUGCAGCACAGUCUGUGCCAUCCCAAGCUUCAAGGAAUCAGUUUUACUCUCCUGCUAGUACACUUACUCUAGAGGGUACUUAUGCAACUGGGAUCUGCAGCAGUCAUAAUCAGACUAUCCUCAGGGGCUGUGCCCAUACUCAGACAUUGCAGUACUCUCAGCAUGCACAUCAUAACAUUAUACAUCCACAACCUGACUUUCAUUCUUCAUUGAUGCCUGUGGGUAGCUGUCAUACUCAAUCUCUGCGAAAUCCUCAAUAUCCAUAUCAGAGUAUCUCAAACCCUCAAUCACUGCAAGAUCCUCAACAUCCAUAUCAGAGUAUCUCAAACCCUCAAUCGCUGCAAGAUCCUCAACAUCCAUAUCAGAGUAUCUCAAACCCUCAAUCACUGCAAGAUCCUCAGCAUCCAUAUCAGAGUAUCUCAAACCCUCAAUCACUGCAAGAUCCUCAGCAUCCAUAUCAGAGUAUCCCAAACCCUCAAUUGCUGCAAGAUCCUCAAUAUCAAUAUCAGAGUAUCUUAAACUCUCAAUUGCUGCAAGAUCAUGAAUAUCAGAGUAUACCAAAACCAUCGCAUGAUUUUCAUCCUUCCGUCACAAAUGCAGGCAGCAGUCAUCCCCAGUUGUCAUGGCUUCCUCACUAUACCCACCAGCAUAUCUCAAACUUACAACCUAACACUUAUUCCGCCACGCUAAAUGUGGGCCACAGUUAUGAUCAAUCAUUGCCAGAUUAUCAAUAUACACAUCAGAAAAAUGCCCAAAUUCCUCAACAGAUUAAUCAUCCAUACUUUCCUCAAGAAUUUCCAUCUUCCACAUAUUCAUCUCAAGGGCCAGGAGCCAUGCAAGGGGUGAUAUCAAGUGGUCAACAAACUGGAAUGGGAAGUGAGUAGCACGAGUCAUCUAUGCAGACUCAGGAAUACUUCUACUCUAGAGAAUGUUGCCAAAAUACUGUACUCAACAUAUUCAAUUUCUAAGUGCUUAAUUACAUUUCUGCUUAAAUAUUCCAUUAUGCUGAUUUUUUGUAUGUAAAGGCGCGUAUAUAAUGUUAAAACACUGAUGUUUACUUGCUGCCUUUUGUACGAAAGGAAUGAUAUAUCAAGA